AUGACGUGGGACGUUACUUUAGAUUUUGAAUAUGUUGUUACAAAGAAAGCUAUUCCUCGAAUCUGCUUCGGUUCCGCACUCGACAGAGAAGUUUUACCGACGUCUGGGCCCGCUAUGAGUCCUUUCAUGAGACGUGAGGCCAGGGAAAUAAGACCUAAUUUAGGUCCUGGCUCAUAUGAUGACAAGCGUGACGCAUUCUAUGAUCUUACACAUAGGAUUUACAGUAAGAAAGGUUUGGGACCCAAGACUUCUCGUUGGUUAGUGAGACAUGAGUACCAGCCACCUCCAAGGGAAAUCAAGGUUAAGAAGCGAAUAAAGCAGAAUUGUGCGCCAUUUAACUCUACUUCCAAGAGAAAAGGAAUUUUCACUUCUGCAUCAUAUCCAGCGCCCUGCGAUUAUUGUCCAGAGUACAAGAAACGCCAGAUGAAUUUUGCAUACAGUUUUUCAGGAAAAAAGGUUUUGAGAUGCGCCGUAAAUAUAAAAUGUGUACCAUACAAUUUGGAUACAUGUGGGGUUUGUGGUUGUUCGUGUUCAGCACAAGGAGAUUAUUGGCAAUUUGAAAAUAGAAUAUUUCUAUGUCGAAAACAUUAUUCAAGAUUAUUUACACAUUGCCUAGCAAAGUACCAAGGCGCAAAGCUUGCGGAAUUUAAGUCGGUGAGAGAUUGCUUCUUCGCACACGCUCACAACAGUUGCAAAGCUGCUUUGAAAAUAAUGACGAAUGAUGAAAUCGUUAAGAAGCUGAGGAAGGAAGCGUACCUAGAUUUAUAUUAUCCCCAACGACGAUUCUGUAACAAUUAA